AUGGCUCGCCGCGGACGGCCGUCUGUCGUUGGCGUCGUCGCACUCGUCGCCGGGCUCGCUGCGAUCAGCCUCCUCGCGACCCACGCCAGCGCAGACGCGUGUGCCACCGUGGAUUGCGGGUCAGUCGCCUUCUGCUCUGCGGCCGAUGAUGGCAGCACGGAGUGCCUGUGCGACGGGGGUUAUGUCUUCAACGUAACAGACAAGACAUGCAAUGAUCCGUGCGCGGAUGUGGCGGUGCAGUGUCCAGCGAGGGCGGAGUGCGUGGCGAGGAGGGGCAAGGCGGAGUGCGAGUGCGAGAUGGGGUACAUCCUGCAGAACAACACCUGCACUGAUGGGCUGCUGCAGACGCAGGUGGAGGUGGAGGGGCUCACCUACCUCGCGCUCCUCACCUUCGAGAGCCCCGUGCCCAUGGCGCACGCCACUGGCGCCAUGGCGUGCAGCGACGUGGGUGAUCUGGGCGGGGGCAGCAGCACGCGGAUCAGCGUGGAGUGGAAGUCGGUUGGCGUGGACACUGUGGGCACCGGCAUGUGCAAGAGCCUCUCGUUUCACUCCGACCCCGGCUGUGCGGACAAGGCAGGAUUGACCAUCGCGCGCCCUGCCAUGGUCGGCGGUGCCUUCCCCGUCACAAAAAGGACUGUGAAAGCAACCCCACCGCAGUCAAUCAGCUGUGAGAUCGCAAGUGCACAUAGGCAAGGAGGUUCAAGCACCUUCACCUCUCUUCUGGUUAAGCAAGACCCAAACCCUAGCGGAGGCGCGGACCCGUGUGAGGCAGUGAAGUGUGCGAGGAACUCGCAGUGCGUGGUGAGGAACGGGCAGCCCGUGUGCGAGUGUGAUGCUGGCUACACCAAGGCCAACAAGGGCCUCUGCACUGCUAUCUGCAAGCCGGACUGCCCUGCCAAUGGCCAGUGCGUGGUGGUGGGAGGGAAGCCCGUGUGUCGCUGCAAGGCGGGCUUCCGGCAGGGCAAGAGCACGUGCACACCUGUGUGCAAGCCUACCUGCGGUGCCAAUGCCCAAUGCCUGGCGGUGAAAGGGAAGCCGGCGUGUCAGUGCAGCACGGGAUUCAAGUCCAUCAACAACAAGUGCACUCCCGUGUGCAAGCCUGGCUGCUCUGCCAAUGCCCAGUGCAUGGCGGUGAAAGGGAAGCCGGCGUGUCAGUGCAACACGGGGUUCAAGUCAGUCAACAACAAGUGCACUCCCGUGUGCAAGCCUGGCUGCUCUGCCAAUGCCCAGUGCAUGGCGGUGAAAGGGAAGCCGGCGUGUCAGUGCAACACGGGGUUCAAGUCAGUCAACAACAAGUGCACUCCCGUGUGCAAGCCUGGCUGCUCUGCCAAUGCCCAGUGCAUGGCGGUGAAAGGGAAGCCGGCGUGUCAGUGCAACACGGGGUUCAAGUCAGUCAACAACAAGUGCACUCCCGUGUGCAAGCCUGGCUGCUCUGCCAAUGCCCAGUGCAUGGCGGUUAAGGGCAAGCCGGCGUGUCAGUGCAGCACGGGGUUCCAGCUGGUCAACAACAAGUGCACUC